AUGCGCUUGACCGAGCUCUCGGAAGCAAAGUCGGGUUGAUCCAAGGGGUCCACAUCAAAAAAUCGAAAACUCAGAGCCAUGUCAGGAUUUAUUGACGGAAUUCGGUGUGGAGAAUGCGACUGCAAUGUGGAUUGGGGUGAAAGAAGAAACACUGUCGCAUCUAUAGCUGCUGGAGCUCUGUUCUUUACUGGCUGGUGGAUCAUCAUAGAUGCUGCGGUUAAAUACCCAGACCAGGCUGAAUUUCCCCAUGCUUAUCACACAUGUGGAGUCGUCGCAACAUUGGCUUUUCUCAUGAUAAAUGCUGUGUCAAAUGGCAUAGUGAGAGGUGACAGCUACAGCGAAGGUUGCAUAGGACAGACAGGCGCUCGUGUGUGGCUCUUCAUUGGCUUCAUGAUGGCUUUUGGAUCCCUCAUUGCCUCAAUGUGGAUCCUGUUUGGAGGUUUUGUAGUGCCUCAGAAGCCAGUUGUGUACCCAGGUAUUGCGGUUUUUUUCCAAAAUGCAUUCAUUUUCUUCGGGGCCCUGGUAUUCAAGUUUGGACGCACAGAGGACCUGUGGCAAUAA